GCCAUUUUUUUCCUCCUCUCGUUGGAUUGUAAAUACAGUUUCAUGUCUUUUGGCUUCUUUUUAGCUUAUUAUAAUUGUUGCAUUUGCCUCUAUUCCAAAAACAGCUGAAUGCUAUUUGAAUUUCAUUAUUUGGAAAACUCUAACAUACCUCAUGUACGUGCCUACCGGAUAAUGACUCAACAUGGGGAAACGGCUUACCUUGCAGGAAACCCAUACCGUCCAUCAGGUACAUCUCCCUUUGUUUAGCCUUUUAUCCCAAAAUUCAGGAUGAUUCACUCAGGUGGGUCAACCCAUAGAUUAUACCUAAAAACAUCUAUUGGUAUGGUCGACCUAAGUUGUGGAAUAUUGUGAUUUUUGGAUAAUUAUUUCAACCUGAUGAGGCACAUCAGAUGGAUGGAUUGGAUGGCAUACAAACACCACAGUGGGACCUACACAAAACUAAUGCUGGGUGUCCCACCCAUCCCAACAUUUUCCUAGUGUGUGGCCUACCUCUACCUAAGUUGUCUGGUCAUGAUUUUUGGGCCGCAAGGUGAACAUGAUGCAGAGUACCUGAUGGAUGGACAGGGUGGAUCUCACAAAAGUUCCUCCCGCAUGGCUCUUGGUCCGCGAGGUUCCUAGGACAAGGUUUGCUAGCCAGUCAUUUCUUUUGGGGUGAGAAGAUGUGAUGUUUCGAUGCGGAAAUAUGUGUUUUGAUGCUGAAAAGCAUAAGGGCACAUGCCCUUCGUUUUUUUUUUCCCCCCCAUUUAUCUGCCUUUGUAUUUUUUCCCCUUUUAUCUGUCCUGUUUUUCUUCUUCCAAUUUCUUUACCAACAUAUUGAGAAUCUGUGAAAUGAGAUUUGAGUUGCCAUUUUAAAAAAAUUAUUAGUAUUAUUUUUUACAUUCUGGGAUGAAGUUGUUCUGGAUCAUUUCUGGUCUAACUUUUGAGUCUUGAACUUCGCUAGAAGGUGGCAGUUCCUGAUCUGAUCUUCAGAAUCUGGUCACCAUGUGUCCGUCGGCACAUGUCUCUCCACCUUGUAUCGACUUGCAUGCAGAUGAUGUAGAGAUGGUGAUGCAUUUAGAGAGAAUGCAACGUGGGGAUCCUCCCCCUUCUAAUGUGAUAACAGAUUUGAAUCCUCACACGGUUGCACCGAAUAAUUUGCCUGAGAAGAUGUUGUACCUUUGCAAUUUGGAGCACCCAAGAGCUGAAGCUAUACAGGAGGGAUACUGGCAGCCCAGGGGGGAAGACCAUAGAAUAUUGAUGAAUUCUCCUACUGUAGGUUGGAAGACUACUUUGGAAUUCCAUACUGGACAAGCACCUGAUGGAGAAAAAACUGAUUGGAUGAUGCAUGUGUACAGGAUGGGACAAAGGGGUUCCAAUUUGUUAUGCAGAGUUUUUCUCAAUGAUGGCCAAACUCUGAACAAUGUAGAGCUAGAGCCACGCAGCCAAGGUGACACUGAAGUAGAUGUUGAGGGAAUAUUGAUGUAUAUGUUGGAAACUGAGGAAAAUGAAACCACAAACAGUUCCCAGGUUGUCGGUAGGAAGGAGCAUGGGCAACCCGAUGUUUCCACAAAUCAUCCACAUGACAUGGGACUUGAUCGUCUUCCCCAGUACCCUCCGGAAGGCUACGAUUUUUCAGCAGGAGAUUAUUUGGAAUUGAAUGAUCUUCUGAUGUCUUCCAUUUCAGAAAGCACCUGCAUUGCAUCCAUGACUUCAGAUGAGUACUUCGAUUCGGAGGCCCUGAUGUGUGAUCUGGAGAAUGGAAAUAUGACUGCAAGCGUCCCGAACAUGGAGCAAUGGCAUGAUAGUUGCAGGUUCAAUGUCUCUGCCUCUCAGGGAUUACAUCAGAUGGUUAUACAGCCACCACCUUCAGGCUCCCUUCACGGCAACAACAACCCACAGGCCAAAGAAACCAUGGCUUCUACCACAAUGCCCAAAAGAUUGAGGGUCCCAGAUGCUCCUCUUCCCGUUACUGCAUCUCUUGAACCACAACCCAAUCUAAACGCCCUGAAUCAUUUGCCCAAGGUGAAUAUGGCAAAUGAAGGCCAUUCAAAUCGGCGAGGCAGGACUCCAUAUCAUGCCCAGGGAGAAUGGAAGACUACUACCAGUAGGAUGGCGAAGCUAAGGAAAUAUUGCUGCUGCUUUCCAAUGUAGAUUAUUUUCUGAUCAUCUAACUAGUGCAUCAUUGCCUGUAUCAUGGGUGCAUGACAUCCAAUCUGUCCGGCAUGUUGGCCCCACCUUGAAUGUCGAUCGAUCUACUCAUCAGUUGGGUUGCUCUUAUAAUUUGCACUGUAUUGGCACCUGUCCAUUGUUUUCUGGUCUACAAGCUUGACUUUCCACCAAGUGUUUGUCAUGCCAGGGCCAACCAUUUCUGUGUAGUCCUUGUGUUCAUAGUACUUGAUAUGUGUAGUCACAGACCUGACUAAACCUUCCUUUUGUUUGUAUAAAUGAGUGAGAGAAAUGACCUUCA